UGGCUUCCUCUCACUACUACCAACCUUCUUCCCAUCAGGCUGGAGUUCAUCAAGGAUCUAAGCCUGAAACUGGAGCCCACAAGCACACAGAGGAGGAAGAGCAACAAGGCUGGCUCCCAGCCCAUCCAAGGUAGAAGCGAACAACGUUAGAGAUGGUGACAGUGCAAGAUGAGAUGCGCAAGGGGCCAUGGACAGAGCAGGAAGACCUGCAACUGGUAUGCACUGUCCGCCUGUUCGGUGACCGCCGCUGGGAUUUCGUUGCCAAAGUCUCAGGCCUUAACAGGACAGGCAAAAGCUGCCGCCUCCGGUGGGUCAACUACCUCCACCCUGGCCUCAAGCAUGGGUGCAUGUCACCACAAGAGGAACACCUUAUUAUUGAGCUCCAUGCUCGAUGGGGUAACAGGUUUGAUACAAAAGAAGACCUUACUAAAGCAGCUUUUUUUCAUCUACAACAGAUGAAACGCACUAACACCCUCUCUAUGUAUAGGUGGUCUAGAAUAGCACGCAGACUGCCAGGGCGUACGGACAAUGAGAUUAAGAACUACUGGAGGACACACAUGAGGAAGAAAGCACAAGAGAGGAAGAUAGACAUGUCACCUUCUUCCUCCUCAUCAUCAUUUACAUACCAAUCCUGCCUCCUUGAAACUGCACCAAUAAUCAGGAUGGAUGGAGGCAGCACUCAUAAUGGCACAACCUGCUUCUCAAGUGUACUUAAGAGCAACCAGAGUGUCAUGGAUGGAUAUUCUAUGGACCAGAUAUGGAAGGAGAUCGAGGCACCGGCCAUGCUGCCUAUUGAUGAUAAAGCAUGCAGCAAUCUCCCAUGUCCUCUGCUGCCAUCUCCUAUGGGAGAUCGCUACUGCCCUCCUGAGGUAGUCUGGAAGAUGGACAAUGGUGAUCUCAAGAUGUUAGCUCCACAAUUUGGUUAUGGUAAUGGAGAACGUUCCUGCUAUUGAAGGUUCAAGCUGUCAGGAUCGAGGUCAGGUUACUAAGAUACAUAUAUAUGCUUAACAGAUUUCCACUACCUAUGUAGCUAUGUCUGCAUAUACAUAUAUAUGCUUGCCGGAAUUGCCAGUAGCUAUGUUUGCAUUAGUAUGGAGGGUGAUCUAAAUAUUUACAAAUCUACUGUAACAUUGUAGAUUUUCAGGUCUGCUUAUGAUGUGUGUGCCUAUGUAGUGUGUAAAAUAGCUUAUGUCUCUUGCCCUUCACAGAAUGGAAUACAAGAGCAACUUAUAUGCA